CUGUGGGUGUCAGUUUAAAUGGUCUAACCAACAAAGCCUCAGCUGCAGUUACGUGAAGUCAUGGCACUGAGUAGAAGCUAGAAGAACCCAAUUAAAUACUCUGAAUGACAUGGAAAUGGAUCUCGUGAAUAUAAGUCGUCCGUCGGAUGACCUAAAACAACCGAAUGGCAUCAAAGAUAAAGAUCCAGACUGCCGAAAUGGUUCAGAGACAGAGGAUGAACCUUUGCUCAGAGAAAACCCCAGACGGUUUGUCAUCUUUCCCAUCCAGUACCCCGACAUCUGGAAGAUGUACAAGCAGGCGCAAGCCUCUUUCUGGACAGUGGAGGAGGUUGAUCUUUCCAAAGACCUGACACACUGGGACAGAUUGAAACCUGAAGAGAAACACUUCAUCUCCCAUGUCCUUGCAUUCUUUGCUGCCAGUGACGGUAUCGUCAAUGAGAACCUGGUGCAGAGGUUCACCCAGGAGGUGCAGCUCCCUGAAGCACGUUCCUUCUACAGCUUCCAGAUUCUCAUAGAGACUGUUCACUCAGAGAUGUACAGCAUGCUCAUCAACACUUACAUUAGGGAUCUGAAGGAAAGGGACUAUUUGUUUAACGCCAUUCAGACUAUGCCUUGUGUGAAACGAAAAGCAGACUGGGCCAUACAGUGGAUAAAUGACAACAAAGCCUCAUUUGGGGAGCGGAUUGUGGCUUUUGCAGCUGUGGAGGGAAUCUUCUUCUCUGGCUCAUUCGCUGCCAUCUAUUGGCUCAAGAAGAGAGGCCUCAUGCCCGGGCUUACCUACUCCAAUGAGCUGAUAAGCAGGGAUGAGGGCCUGCACUGUAACUUCGCCUGCCUGCUGUACAGCUACUUGAUGAAAAAGCCAUCAGAGGACAGAGUGAAGGACAUCAUCACAAAAGCUGUUAGCAUUGAGCAGGAGUUUCUGACAGAGGCCUUGCCAGUGGAUCUCAUUGGAAUCAACUGUUGUCUGAUGAAACACUACAUCGAGUUUGUGGCUGACCGUCUUCUCACUGACCUCGGACUGGCUAAAGUUUACCAAGCAGAGAACCCAUUCGACUUCAUGGAGUCCAUUUCCCUAGAGGGGAAAACAAACUUCUUUGAGAAACGAGUGGCGGAGUAUCAGAGAUUUGGAGUUAUGUCGAGCAUGACAGACUGUGAAUUCACACUGGAUGCAGACUUCUGAAACAGAGAUCACUGUUACCAUUGGCCUAUUUAUUUUAAUUUUUCUUCUAUGUAGUAGUUGGCAAAGAAAACCUCCACAUGUUACAGCUACGUUUGGCUGAGGAAUGGGAAAUACACCUCAAGUGAAUUAGCAGCCAGUAUAGUUUGCAAAGUGGAAUAAGGUGAAUGUUAAAGGCCAAUUUUGACCUGGAAACAGUUCAGAACAGGCAUUUUUAGUUAAGCAUAAAUAAUGAGCGAGGUUACAAGGAACAACUGUUUCACACCUUAUUUGACACUUAAAGAUGAUAAAUAUAUACAUAAUAUUUUAUUGAGUCUGCAGGUCUGGGUACUGGAUUCUAUGGUGAACUGUUUUAGCGUUUUGUCAUUUUUAAAGGUACAAUAAAAUGUUUUGUAAAAUGAAA